AUGGGCGCAGGCUUAUGGAGGUGGGACGACGAUCCUGGUGGGUCGUUUUCGGCUGUGGCAGUCAGGAAGUGGCUCGCGGCUUCGUGCCCAGGUGUAAGUAAUCCAAAACUUGACUGGUGUAAAUGGGUGCCCAUUAAAUGUAACAUUUUUAUGUGGCGUCUUAUGUUGAAUAUGUUGAAAUGGAUUCCAACCAAGUUGGCGUUAUUGAGAAGGAACAUUAACGAUGAAAAUACUACUUGUGUGUUAUGUGGGGAUGGUGAGGAUGAGGGAGACCAUAUUUUUACGGGUUAUGCGUUUUCGAUGAGCAUGUGGAAUGACGUGUUAAGAUGGCUUGGGCUGCCAAACUAUUUUGCUUUCAGUGUGAGCGAUAUUCUUGAUAUUCACAAGGUGGAUGGGUUAUCGGCUACACGCAAACAUAUUAUUAAAGGUAUGGUUAUGGUUUGUUUUUGGCGUAACUGGAGAGCUAGGAAUGAUUGUAUUUUCAACCAAAAGAUGGGCAAUGUAGUGGAGGUUGUGGUUGAGAUUAAAGCCUUUGGAUUUCUUUGGUUUUCGAAUAGGUAUAAAGAUUUUGUUAACCAUCGGAAAGGUUGGUCUAAUGUAAUGUUAUUGUAA